AAAACACAUAGCCCACACGGUGUCAGUCGUUCUGUUUUUAGAAUGCGUCGGAAAAAAUUGAAAAUUCAUAACGAUAUAUAAAUUGGCGGUGAGAACGAAAAUUCAAGUAGUAUUUGAUUCUCAUUCAAAGCUUAAACACUCAAAAAUAUCAAACAAAAUGUCGAUUGUUCCGCUUUCUUUCCGCGACUGGUGGGAUGACUUUGAUCGCCCAUUCCGUUCAUCACGCUUGUUGGACCAAGAAUUUGGCACUGGAUUGCGUCGUGACGAUUUACUCUCCUCAUUCUGGAAUCCAACACCAUCGGUGCUCCGCAGUGGAUACGUUCGCCCAUGGAGAACAAAUAACUUGAAACGCGAAGGUUCAGGAUCAACAUUGAACGUUGACAACGACAAAUUCCAAGUCAUUUUGGACGUUCAACAAUUUACACCAAACGAAAUUACCGUUAAGACCACAGACAAAUUCGUUGUUGUUGAAGGCAAACACGAAGAAAAAGCUGAUGAGCACGGCUACAUUUCACGACAGUUCACACGUCGUUAUAACUUGCCAGCCAACACGAGCCCCAACGAUGUUCAAUCAUCAUUGUCCUCAGACGGUGUCCUGACCAUCACAGCUGCCCGCAAACCAGUGGAACCAGUCAACACAGAACGCGUUGUGCCAAUCACACAAACCGGCCCAUCAAAGAAAGAAGAAGAAGCAAAGAAAGAAGCCGCCAGCGAAAGCUCAAAAGUUGGGCUACCAUAGAGUGUCAUAAUAUCAAUAAGCCUUGUUAUUGUGUGGAGGCUUAGAACAUGUAAAUUAUGGUCAAAAUUGUUUCAAUUUUUUUAAAUCUAUGUUUAGGACUUUUAUAAAAGAAAACAAAAACAUGCACAAUCAUUUUUUAUGAAAAUAUACACAAUCAAAUAGAUCAAAACAAA